ACUCACACACGAAUAAGAAUCCUUCCACACAAGUAAAACAACACUACACACAACGGAUCUCUCUCUCUCUCCAGAAUUAGUCAUCACUAAUAAAACUCAUCACCAACUCCGGAUUAACAACGCCAUUUCCUCAUUUACAAUUUCUACAGCAGAUGUGACUUUUCUUCAGUUUUCCCUCGAAAAUUUGAGAACGAGAUUAUAUUAUUUAUGUGCGUGAUCGACCAGCUGAAGUGCAGCAAAAAACAUGGCGGAUUAUUUCUUCGAAGAGAUCAUAAUCAACAUACUCCACAGAUUGCCGGUGAAGACGCUCCUCCGCUGCACCGCCGUCUGCAAAUCAUGGCACUCUCUCAUCACCAGCCGCGAAUUCACCUCAUCGCACUUGAAAUUCGCCCAAAAGGUAGCUCCCUCACUUCUGCUCCGUCGCUGCAUCAAAAGCUCCGAGCGCUAUGAAUUGUAUUCGGACGAUGAAUCGUUCGCUCGCUUCGCAGCAUUUCAAUUCCCCUUUAGGAGCAUGAAUUCCUUUUUCACGAUUGUCGGUAGCUGCAACGGAUUGCUCUGCCUCUCCGACGAUCGAGUUUAUUUCAUGAACACGAUUGUUCUGUGGAAUCCGAGUGUUAAGAAAUCAGUUCUGCUUCCAAAACCUAACAUGAUUUACAAUUCACACGGUUCCUUCUUGCAGUACCUAGGGUUCGGAUUCGAUCCUGUUGGUAGUGACUAUAAGGUUGUGAGGAUUACGUAUGUUGAUCUUGCUACACAUCCCCAAAUCGAGGUUUACAAGUUGAGCAGUGGUGUGUGGCAUGAUAUGAGCUGCUUAGAGCUUGAUUCUGUUCUAUGUAGUCGUGCUCGCCCAGUCUAUGUCAAUGGGGCUUCACAUUGGUUGGCUCGAUACUUGGAUUUGCAUGAUGUGAUUGUCUCAUUUGAUAUGUCUCUUGAGGUUUUCAGCACUAUGAUGCUGCCAGCUCUUCGUGUGAGCGAUGAUGAGUUGAGAAGCCGUGAUCUGGCCGUCUAUAUGGACUGUCUUGCCCUGACUCUGUGGAGUGUGUCUGGGGCAGAGCAGUGUUUCUGUGUUUGGGUAAUGAAUCAGUAUGGGGUCGAGAAAUCUUGGACUAAAACAUUCUGCUUCGACUUUAGCAGUUUUGGCAAUGAAUUUGUGAGGCCAUUGUGGAUCAGAAAGCAAGGUGAAGUUGUGGUUGUUUGUCAGGAUGGUCGUUUGGUUUCUUGUGAUCGGGGAGGAGGCGUGGUUAGGGAUGUUGGAGUUCGCGGGCAUAGAUCAGAUACGUAUCAGCGCUCCCUUGAUGUGGAUACCUUCGUCUGCAGUUUGGUUCUUAUGGAGAGGGGCCGUUGCUCGUCUGAUGUUGCGACUGGCAACAGUUUGCACUCGUUGCAGACCGAUGAUGGGGAUAACGUCGGAAGCUCUGGAAGCGAGCAUGAGAAAGGGUCUGGAAAAUGUUAGCUAGCGUAGAUUGUAUUGAGUUAUGAAGCUUCAAGUGGUGUGAAGGGCCAAUGCAUAUCAGUCUCAUGGGUUUGUGUUACACGACAGAGACAGAACACCUUCCCCCUAUUCUAGAGUUGAAAAUGUACAAUUUUAUUCAUCUUCCUCAACUUCAGGCGACCUCUCCUCCAUCACAUGCGCUUCCUCUUCAUCAUACAAAUUCAAGGCCUUCAUCACCUGCACUUCCUCCUCGCCCACAUUCAGGGCCUCCUUCAACCUCCCAAGGCGCGGCACAUGAGACACGACUUGCAGAUCAUCAACCCCGUCGUUCCUCAGAUCCUCCUCAAGGCGCGAAUCCUCGAGCACGCAGACGUGCCUCUCCUCCUUGGUGAUCGGAUCGUAGAUCAGAAACUUGCCCCUCCAGUCGUGCAUCAAGAUCUCCCCGCGGCUCAGGUACUUGAUCGCCUUGUACUGGCCUCGAGGCCACAGGACACCGGCGUGCUCCAGAUACGUCGUCUUGGUCUCAACAUCGUAGAGCUUCCUCCACUGCAGCCCUGCGCCGCCACUCUCCAAGACGAAGAGCUCCACGUGGCCAUCGCCGGGGCAAACCAGAGACGCGCAGAGGGCACCAUCCAAGACCCCCAAACUCAUGCUCUUUGAGGCAAUGCUGUUGGUUUCGAGCAUAGAGAGGCUCAUUUUAGGCAAUGCCACAACUUGAAACAGAGCCCUAUCGAAAUCGUAGCAGCAGAUAACCGAGUACCCAUCGUAGCUCCAGUACACGCCUCCACAGACAUAAACCACCUGCGAAAUCGUGCGGCAAAGAACCAGCUGACACGUCCCGCCGCCGACGCGCCUCCAGCUGCCGUCGCCGCCCCCCACCGAGCGGAUCUCCGGCCAGAAGACCAUAUCUUCCUCCAUGUCAUCCGCUCUCGCCGCCAUUCUCAGAAGCUCGAAUCUCUUCGUCGCCCGACUGUACCCCAUCCCCACGAAGGCGUAAAUCUCAUCCUCGUCCAUCGGCGAAGAUGAGAGGGAGACGUAUUCGCCGGUGAUCGGGUUGCAGACGAUGAUGCAGUCGCCGCGGUUCUGAUCGUACGCCGUCCAGCAGAGCAAACCCUCGCAGGAGGUGGCGUUCGUGUUCAGGCCGUGGAAAACGUCCUUCACCUUCGACGGCUCCGCCGCGGCGCGGGUCCGGAUGUCGAAUCGCGAGAUCAGCCUCGAAUUGAAGGCUCCUGAAUCGAGAUCGGAGACGCUCCGCCCCUCCACCAGAUGCAUGAUUCGGCAGGAUCUGCAGACCGAUUUCCCGCCGGAGACGAGGAGAGGGCAAACCGAAGCCCUAGAGAAAUGGAUUCUCGCGAAUUGGGGCUUAUCCAGCAUCUGCUGCCAAGGUUUGCUCACGCUCUUCCAGCGGAAAACCGACUUCGCCGGCAACCAUGACAGGAUUUCUUCGAGAAUGUCGUCUUUGAGCUCCGCAGCCGUUUCUGGCGGCUCCUCCUCGUCGGCGGCGGCUGUCAAUAGUAUUGGGAACUGAAGAGUUACCGAAUCCAUCGAUCCUUCGAUUUCUCCCAAAAACACAGAUGAUUGAGUAUUUUUGCAGAAAUGGUGAAUGAUGGUAGCCCUAAUUUCAUAUGUUUUCGUUCAACUUUAUUUUCUUUUUAAUUUGGCCUUUUAUUUUACUUUUUAGCUCGAUCUGUCAAACAGUGUCCUUUAACAGUAGAGGCUUUCACUUUACUUUUUCUAA